AGCAGCGGCGUGUUAGUGGAAGGCGGCGAGCGAGCGAGCGAGCGAGCGGACGGUGCGAACGCUGCGAACGCGCUUUCGCCGAGACGAGAGAAAGAAAGUAAGAGGCGCAAACGCAGAUGAGUACCAACGCAUCGAGCCCGAUGUCCAGCAGUGUGGUGUCUGCUGGAGGAAGACCAUGUGGAAAAGCUGCAAGUUUCAUCCCUGAGCUUCAGAGCAUGAUGUUUGCUCUGGGAGAUGUCCGCAGACCACUGUAUGAGACGGCGGCUUUAGUGGAAGACAUCGUACACACGCAGCUCGUCAACUUGCUCCAGCAGGCAGCAGAGGUGUCGCUUGUUCGAGGGGCUCGGGUCAUUUCGGCAGAGGACAUCCUCUUUCUAAUGAGGAAAGACAAGAAAAAAGUAGGAAGGCUACUGAGGUACAUGUCAUUCAGAGACUACAAGUCAAAAAUACUGAAAAGCAUCGAUGAAGACGACCUGCUUGAUUCAGACAAAUACAGCAGCAAUGUUAACAAAAGACAGAAGCUGGCUCAAGACUUCCUGGGCUCCAUAGACCAGACCGGGGAGUUCUUGGCUCUCUUGGAAGAGGAGGAUAUAGACGAAGUCAAGCAGGAGAGGCUGGAGAGGCUUGAGAAACAGACCAGGAUGAUGGACCCCGCCCAGUACAGCGAAUUCUGUGAAAGUCGUCAGCUCAGCUUUUCCAAAAAAGCAUCCAAGUUCCGAGAGUGGCUGGACUGCAGCAGCAUGGAAGUGAAGCCCAAUGCCGUGAGCAUGGAAAUCCUCUCAUACUUGGCAUAUGAGACCGUGGCUCAGUUAGUAGACCUGGCACUGCUGGUGAAACAAGACAUGACCCCAAAAACAGGAGACCCCUUCAGCCACGCUAUAUCCGCAAACUUCAUCCAAUACCACAACCCUAUAGCUGAGGUUCACAUCCAAGGGCAAUCCGCCAAUGUGAAGAACAACCCCGACUCACCAGAGAACACCCCGCCCUCCACCCCGAACGCCUCGCUCGGCGGCAGCCACCAGGGAAAACUGUACUCCGUGACCCAGGGCAACGGGGGCUUGGCCCAGGAUGGCAGCAGCAAGGUCAAGCAAAGAAAGCGCAAGAAGAGCGCAGCGCCCUGUGGUACGGAGACUCAAAGCAAUGCCAUCCAGCCCGCCCACAUCAGAGAGGCCAUCCGACGCUACAGCCAUAAGAUCGGCCCGCUCUCCCCCUUCUCAAGUGCCUACCGCAGAAACGGCAUGACUUUCCUAGUCUGCUGAAUGAUGGAAGCGGGCUCGUGCCAGCGAGAGCACGGACUCAAAGGGCUUUCCUCCUCGGCCUCCUCCGGCUGACCACCAGGAUGCCGGACUCCUCCCGCACUCCCCCACCCGACCGCCCACUCGCCCUCCCUUGUUUUCCUCCAUCGCUUUGCCGUUCUCUUCUUCAGCGGGUGUUUUCCUGAGGUAGCUGAGGAAAGAACGGCGGGAGAUGUUUCGCGGGAGUGUGCAUCACACAACCUUCUCAGUACCACUGUGAAUUUUUUUGCAACUGUCAGAUGGAGCCGUUUCAGUUUCGAGGAUUUCUUAGGAUUUUUUUGUGUUGCUCGGACCGGACUUCAUUACGAAGGUGGUUUUUUUUGACCGCCCCCCAACCACUCAAACAUGUAAUGCUGUUUACGUUUUUUUGUCGUGCCUGAACAGUAGCACUUUUUUUAUUUUUAUUAUGUGUAACAUGCAGCUAACUCGCACACCAGCCACCAAAGUUCUCGUUCCCUGUUCCUCUUAAGAUUGACAGCCCGAGCAGUCUUAGAUGUAAUUAUUAUUGCCAUUUCUUUUUCGAAUUGUCGUUCAUGUGUUAAACAAGUGUAUCGAACUGUGUACUUAGUUCCCUCGUACAAAUAUUGGAAGACUUGUCUGUUUAAAAGAUUCAGAUCGCAAACUGGUAGCUAAAGUAGCAAAUCUCUCAGCAGUGUGUGACUGAAGUAUAAAAAAAAAAACCAGUCGUACAUAUGAUUGAACAUCCCAGGGAAUUAUGUCUAUAAAAGUAACUGUUUUUUUAUUACCAUCUCAUUUUUUUAUGUUUUGUAGUAUUCAUACAGUGCACUUGUUCUCUCCUUGUGGUGUAAACCAAAUAGCGGUGCAUUUUCUUAAGACAUUUCACAAUAACCAUUCAUUAAACAACAAUACCUUAUUAUGUA